AUGGACUUGGGCGAUGGCUAUUCCACGGACAGCUCAUCCAUCUGCUCCAGCGUCGAUACCAGCUCGUAUAUGUCGUUUCUGGACGAGUCGGAGAAUUUGAACGAUCGUCGACAAGCGAUGCUCGAUCUUUCGAUCUCUAAAAUUCAGACGAUGAACGCGUCGAAUGCCUCAUUCUCGCUGCGCAAGUCGCUCCUCAUCUACAAUGUGAUGAAGUCGCUGCAGGUUUUUUUUUCCUUCCACUGGCUGCUGCAUCAGGGAUUUCGUUGCUUUGCUACUUUGACUGAUUGUCGCCUUUCCAUCAUAGCAAAUAAUUUCUCGUUAUCUGCACAUCUGGUGCAAACUUUUUCUCGAGAACUGGAUGAUGAUGCUUGCGGUGUUCGCGGGUAUAACAGUCUGACGGAGAGGGAAGUUGGAGCACCCGUUGUAAGCGAUGUUGAGAUGCUGGAGGAAGCGAGCGACGUGAAUGCGUGGGAGCGCCGCUGCCCUGAUCUUGGCCCUGAUUUUAUGACAUAUCAUACGCAGGGCUACAGUUGGUUGUUGGACAGUUCGCAAUUUGUUGGCACUGCGCAGAACGAUGCGAAUCAGGACUCCGAAAAAUGCAAUGGUAUGUAUACGGUGAUGGGACGCAGUGACUCCAUGGAUUCAGAAGGCAUCUGGAGCAAUCCGACAGCGAAUGGCAACGAUUCGUCUGUAUUCAUGGACGAUUAUCUGCGAAUGUUGGGCGCUUGGGAAGACGAGAACUGCAAUCCGCUUACCAACUGCAAUCUCACGCAGGCGGAGAUUAUGAACAUGUUCAAUCUGCCCGCAUAUCAUCUCAACAGUGAGGUGGCUUCUCAGGCAUAA